AGGCCACGUCCCAGGCGAAGGACCAGGAGCCCAGCGUGCCGCGGCACUGACCGGUGUGCAAGUGGACGGCGAUGUCCAGCAGCGGCGGCACUGACGGACUGGACGGACGGACGGGACAGAGGGACGGGGCGCCGCCACCUGAGUCGCAGCUCAGGCCGGGGCGGAGGCAGCAUGGAGUGUGAGGCCCUGCGGACCAGCCGCCCCGCCGUGCCCCUGCGGCUCCACCAGGCAGCAGUCGGAUCGAGAUCCGUCGGCGGGGUGCCCCGCUGCUGCCCGUGAGCUGUCCUCUGGGCUCCCCCGCCUGCCUUCGGGCCUCCGCCCUCCCGAUGGAAAGGAUGAGCUGGCUCAGCAAGCUGAACCCCCGGGCGGCAGGGCACAGGGCCACCCGCAGCGUCAGCCUGCAGAGCCCCGUCACGGCCGACCCCGAGACCUGCCUCAUGGUCUUCAAGAACCACUGGUCCCAGGUCCUGCGGAUCCUGGAGAAGCGAGGUGCCAAGCCUGCCCCUGAUGACCUCAGUGCCGUGCGCAACAACACCUACCAGAUGCUGAACCUGCUGGCAGAGGACCGGCCACGGGGCGAGUCGGCCAUGGGGCCCAUCCUGGAGUUCGUGGUGUCGGAGAACCUGCUGGAGCGCCUGCUGUGCUGGCACCUGCAGGGAGACCUCACGGAGGAGCGCAAAGUGGAGCAGCUCAAGCUCUACGAGAUGCUCAUCAGCCAGGCCCGCCAGCCCCUGCUGCAGCACAAGCCUGUGCUCACGCCCCUGCUGCGGCUGUUGAGCCUGUGCGCGGAGCCCACCUCAUCCCUGCUGGAAAACAGCCUUGUCCUGCUGCUCAACCAGCUCUGUGUCUCUGUGGCCAAGGAGCCGUCCAUCCUGGAGCUUUUCUUCCACAGUCACACGGACCAGGGCCCCGCCAACCUCAUCAUAUUCUCCCUCCUUAUCCCCUUCAUCCACCACGAGGGUGUCCUUGGGCAGCAGGCCAGGGACGCGCUGCUGCUCAUUAUGGCCAUGUCUGCCAGCAAUCACGCAGUGGCCAAGUCCAUCACUGACAACUCCUACUUCUGCCCGGUCCUGGCCACGGGCCUGAGUGCCCUAUACUCCUCUCUGCCCCGCAAGAUCGAGGUGAGGGGGGACGACUGGCACUUCCUGCGCCGCGAGGACUGGAUCGGUGUCUCCUCACUUGUCCUCUUCAUGAACUCGCUGGAGUUCUGCAACGCUGUCAUCCAGGUCGCCCAUCCCCUUGUCCAGAAGCAGCUGGUGGACUACGUCCAUAACGGCUUCCUUGUGCCCGUCAUGGGGCCGGCGCUGCACAAGACCUCCAUCGAGGAGAUGAUUGCCAGCACAGCCUACCUGGACCUGUUCCUGCGCAGUGUCAGCGAGACGGCCCUGCUCAAAACCUUCCUGCGCUUCGUGCUGUUGCAUCGGCACGACAACAGCACCAUCCUUGACACCCUCGUGGGCCGCAUCAACAGCAACUCGCGGCUCUGCAUGGUGUCUCUGAGCCUCUUCCGGACCCUGCUCAGCCUCAACUGUGAGGACGUCAUGCUGCAACUGGUGCUCAGAUACCUGCUGCCCUGCAGCCACGUCAUGCUCAGCCAGAAGCGGGCCGUCAGGGACCUGGACAUCUACGGCAAGACUGCUGCCAAGUUCCUGUCCCUCAUCCCGCGGUGCUGCCGCCCUGAGAGCCUGCCCCUGAUGGACCGCGAGGAGGAGCACGCGGCCUGGUCCAAGGGCCACGGCAGUCCCAACGUGGACACGUCCUCCGUGGUGACAGUGCCGAAGCCUUCCACCCCAUCCCGCCUCUCCUUCUUCAUGCGCCAGCAGAGCUUCGGCCCCGAGGUGGCCAGCCCCGCGCCGCGCUCUCCCGGCACGCCGUCCGGCAGCCCCUGCCACCGGGCAGCCAGGUGGGAGGAGGUGUCGGAGCUGGACAGGAACUACCUGGAGUACCUGCGGGACGCGCGGCUCAGCAUCGACCGCUGCGUCUGGGCCUGCCGCGUCUGGUCGGCCCCCUACGACGGGGAGGAGCCCAGCGCGGGCAGCCUGGCCCCGGCACCUGACGGCGCCCUCCCGCUCAGCCCCGACUGCUUCAGCAUCCCGCGGCCCCCCGGGCCCCCCACCCCGCGGACUAAAAAGCGGGGCCUGCCGGAGGAGGGGGCUCCGGAGGGGCCGGCGGGGGCCCCCGGCGGCAGCGGUGGUGAGCCCCGUGCGUGUCUGCCCAGCCCCGACGCCCAGGACUCGGGGACCCUGGUGAACGGGGCCCAUGGGCCGUUGGAGCCGAGCCGGCCCGAGGGGGACGUCGCUGUGAAGAAGGUGCGCAGGAGCCCCCAAGGCGAGGGGCCCCCCGAGCUGGAGCGCCGGGGGCCGAUGGCGCGCAACGGGGCCGCGGCCCCUCCGGAGCCCGCCCCCGCCCUGGCCCACCGGCCGCAGCCCCCGGGCUGGGAGCCGCUCCAGUCGGUGGAUUCGCUGAUAGACGAGCUGCUGGCCAAGGCGCCGGCUGAGCCCAAUGGGACCAGCGUCAGCAUCGAGGCGUUCACGGAGGAGCUGCGGGAGAUCGAGGCCGAGAUGAAGAACGGGAGCGGGACGGUGCCCGGCCAGGAGGAGCUGCCUUGCGCGCCCGAAGUACCCCUGUCCCGGGAGGAGGAGGAGGUCUACGAGAGCUUCGCCUCCCUCCCCGACAGUGAGGCUCCGGCCGGCUACGGUUCCGGGGAGGCGGCUGCGCGGGCGCCGUCCCGGGCGCCGGACCCGCUGUCCCAGAUCAUUGCCAGCCCGCUGCGGAUGCUGGGGCAGCCGCCCAGCCAGCCCUUCACAGGCCCCUUCGUGACCGUGCUGUUCAGCAAGCUGGAGAACAUGCUGCACAACUCGCUCUACGUGAACUUCCUGCUGACGGGGCUGGUGGCCCAGCUGGCCUGCUACCCGCAGCCCCUGCUUCGCUCCUUCCUGCUCAACACCAACAUGGUCUUCCAGCCCAGUGUUAAGUCCCUGCUCCAGGUCCUCGGCUCCGUAAAGAACAAGAUCGAGAGCUUCGCUGCCAGCCAGGAGGAUUUUCCUGCUCUGCUCUUCAAAGCCAAGAAGUACCUGAUUGCCCGGGGGAAGCUGGACUGGUCAGACACGCAGAAUGCCGUGCCCUCCCUGCGCCGCUCGGAGACGCUGGUGAAGAGCCGGAAGCCGUCCAUCGGGGAGCUGAUCCUGCGGCACACCAACAGCCCGACGCGGGCACGCCAGGCGGCUCAGCUCGCCUUCCAGCACAUGCGGGAGGGGCAGGUAAUGCACGCGCUGGCCGGAGCCUCCCUCUUCCGCAGCUCGGCUGAGAAGCAGAACGAGGCGCUGCGCGUCAAGAACGCCGUCUACUGCGCCGUCAUCUUCAGCGAGUUCCUGAAGGAGCUGGCGGCCAUCGCGCAGGCCCACGCGGUCACCUCGCCCUUCCUGACGGAGCCCCCCGAGGAGUGACCCCCUCCGGCGGUCGCCUUUUUAAUUGCGCCCAGGACAUGGACCUUUUUAAUUUAUUGGGGAUGAAUGUUUUGCCGAGAACUUGUUGCAAUAUGUAUAAACGAGGCUGUCCGCUGCCUGUCCCCGCGUGCGCACGAGUCUCGCCGUGCCCCGGGGCCGGCGCACGGCAGCCCUCGUCCGGGGGCCCCGUGCCAGCCGCCCGGCCCGUGCUGCGCGCCGCUGCCCCGGGGCUCCCGGCGGAGGGGCGAGCGCAGGUCGCUGCAUGGGGACGGCAGGGCAGGACCCUGUGCGGCCCCGGGGCCUCUCGGGGCUGGGCCCUGCCCGGGGGGCGCUGCGUGGGGACAGGCUGGCUCUGCCCCCCGGCGCCCUGCUGCCCCCCCACCCCAGCCCAGCCCCUCCACCGGGCUCCCUGUGCCGCCUGGCCCCUCUCUAUGCAACACCCAGCGGCCCCACUGGGGCGCGGGGGGCAGGCCGGGGCCGGGCAGUGGGGCCGGGGCCAGGGCAGUGCAUGUGGAGGGCAGCGUGUGUCUGUGCUGUGCAAAAGCCCUUCUGUAAUAAAGGUUCUGGUCAAGG